AUGAAUAAUACAUUUGAUCUGAGGAUUCAAUCAAUUGAUAAUUCAUACCCAACACCCACGGCACAGAAAAGACAGAAUAGUUUAUCGUCUCAAAUGGUACAUAGUUCAAACAAACGUACUUCCAAUCCAUUACAAACCCCGUUGGGUGUACAAACUAAUCAAGACUAUCCUUAUAAUAACCUGACUUUGAAUUCACCUGGAACUCCUCAUGUAUCUUCUCCAAGAUAUAAUGUCCGAUCUAGGAAGAAUGUUGUCCAGCAUAUGAAAACUCCAACCCCGUCAGCUUAUGAAGUUCCAUCCAGUCCUAACGUCAAUCAUUUAUCGCAUUUAUCUAAUCAAAAUCAUUCAGAUCUGUCAGAUUCCAAUGCUGUAUUGGAUCAUACCCAAGAUCCAGGUGAACCAAAACAAGCAACCCGGUCCUAUUCUCAAGCAGCGGUGCCACCUGCUCCCCCGCAGAAACAACCCUCACAAACUCAUUCGUAUCAAUCAUCACAGCAGCAACAACAACAACAACAACAGCAACAGCAACAGCAACAGCAGCCCCCACAGUCAAAUUCAUCAACAGGAAAUACAACUACUAGUAAUGCUGCUCAACAACAGCAGCAACAACCAAGGGCAAUGUCAGAUGAGGAGCAACAGUUGGCUACUAAACUUAAAGAGACCUACAAGAAUAUUGUAAAUUAUGAAGAGAUUGUUCAAAAAAAUUGCAUCGAAAUAACUAUGAAAAUUAACCAAUUAACUUCAAACACAAAUCCAAGUUUGGUUUAUGGCUCACCUAUGGUAUCACAAAAUAUAUCUAAUUCAUUAAAUUCCAAUUCAUCGAUUGCUUCAAAUGCAACAAGAACUUCAGAAUUACUGAACGACUUGUGGACAGUGUAUCAUCAUAAUAUAACCCUAUUGGAUAAUUAUUAUGAUUUCUUAGUCACUUCAUUGAAGCCCUCUUCCAAUCAAACUCAGUUCAAGACAGGUAAGAAUAUCGUUGAAUUAUAUAAGAUCCCACGAAGAAUGUGGGUAUAUGGAAUUGUCGGAUUCCUUGAAGUGUUGAAAAACAUAAUGGGCAUUUUUCAAGAUCACGAGAUUUGCCUGUGUUUCAUUUCCUAUUGUUUCAAUAUCAUUUCUAAUUUAACCGACCCGAUUUUGGAAAUGGAAGGCUGGUGGCUGGAAAAACUAGGAGAUUUAUCCAGAAUGGCAAUAGCUUUAUAUUCUUCCAAAUUCAUUGAUUGGAAGAUUAGUGCUGAGUAUUGGUAUUCAGUUGCUAUGAAGACUUUAUAUGGACACGGGAAAAUAUACUACCACAUGUGUACUGUUCAACAAGAUAACUUGGAUGCAUUGGUAAAUAUAGGAAAAUCAGUCAUUUGUCGCGAUCCAUUUGUUCCAACCCAACAUUAUUUGAGAUUGGUGGUCGAAAACAUCUGCACCCAAAGAAACAUUUUGUCCUUGUUAGAAUUACCAAUUAUAGAUUUUAUCAAGAUCCACAAAGUUUUGCUCAGUAUCCAUAAUAAUGGAAGCAACAAUAAUGAAACUGGUGGUAACGGUGCUGGUGGUUCUGGUACCGGAGGCAAUGGUGGUGUUGGCACGGCAUCAUCCGUUGAAAGUAUUCAUGAUACACAAUUACAAUAUGGUAUUGACUUGGUCACCAGAUAUGGCAUUACGUUUGGGUCUGAUUCAAAUGGAUACAACUUUUUCACUAGAGAAUUGUAUGCCCCUGGCGGAGUAGCAGCAACAUCUCCUGUUAGUGACCCGCAUCAACAAUAUUACCAACAAGUUCAACAGCAACAGCAGUUGCAACAAAUGCAACAACCAAGUGCAACUAAUACCAUUGAAAAGAUGAAUUUCUGGUUCAAUAAAGGUUCUUUGUUUGCAAUUUCGAAUAUUAACCAUCUUGUUGGAUUUGGGGAUGCAAAAAAUCCAUUUGCUAAGCUUUUCCACUUACCAGAAGCAUUGAAGGAGAGAAAAGAUAAAAAAGAUAGAAAGAGGAAGUCCAGAAGUGCUUCACAAACUGACGAAAUCAAUAUGAGCAGUAUUGGUGGUAAUGUAGUAGAUGGCCAAUCGAUUGUUGCUGGCGAUUUAUCAACCAAUGAUUGGUUCUACUGCUUACAGUUUAUCAAUAAGUCUGUUCUCGAAUUGUCAAUGAGGAUAUUAAAUCAUUAUUUGAUUGGUCCUAAACAAGCAUCAACCGCUCAUGUUAUUGUUUGGUUGUACUUUUUGAUUAGUGUUGGUGAAGGAGUACAACGAUACCCGGGUAGUCAACCUAUGAUUAAUUGGUUAUUAACCAAUGUUUUCCCAUGGGAGUCCAUGAUUAAUUAUUUAAAUUCUUUGUUAGCAUUUGUUAAAAAUAAUCCAAAAUUGUGUGCCAUGUACACAAACUAUUUACAGCUCAAUUAUAUUCAAUAUUUCAAUCAAAAUGAGUUUUUGCCAGAGGUCUGGAAAUGUUGGGGUACCCUUUGGUUUGAUUUGAUUGCCGAAAAGGGAGAUUUCACCGAUUUAGAAGAAGCCGGUGUCAAGAAUAACAACUUGUUUGACUUGCCAAUUUGUGGAACUUAUCCUGUGAUAAGCAAUAAUAGCAAUAGUAGUUUAUCGGAUAACUUUGAUUUGAAAUCCAAGAACAAAAUGGAAAAUGAUAACGAUGAAAGAAUAGUUCGUAUUAUUUUGUUAGCACGAUCUGUUGCCGAUAAUUAUGGAUUUGGCUUAGUUCGUACCAGUGAUGAGUUUAAAUUCGAUGAGAAUGUUUAUAGACAAAAUAUUAUUCAACAAAACGAAGGCAGUUAUGCCGAAGAGUUUAUUCAAGAUGGAAGAUUCCAACAAAACCAUUUCAUGCAACCAAUUGCACAAGAGAACUUGACUUUGGAUAUUAACAACAACUUGACAUCUAUUCAAAAGGACGAAGUGUGGUUUGGUGGGUUUGACAGCCAUUUAUAUGAUGAUGAGAACAUUGAAUUAGGAGAUGAUUUAAUUGAUGAAGAUGAUUUAGAAGACUAUCUGAAUGAAUAUGGUGUCACUGGAGGUAAUAAUAGUGGCCAGCGUCCAUCAAAUGGAGGUCAUGGAGAUUUCUACAAUGAUAGUUUUAUUGGCAAACCUACUGAUUUGGUUGGUGCUGGUGAUGACUAUGAUGGAAAUUUUGGAGACAAGAUCGACAGUAACGUUACCCAUAUUACUUUGGAUACAAAUAUCUGGUUGAAGCAUUGUGGACGAAUCUAUAAAUGUGUUCGAGAUGGUGUUAUUAAAGUUCUGAUACCGCUAAUUGUUUUCCAAGAGUUAAGAGCAUUGAGAAAAUCACAAGAGGCCACCAUUUCAGAUGCUGCCACCAGAUCGGUGAUCAUUAUACGAGAAUUGUAUUUGUCAAGAGAAAUUGUUCCUUUAAGAUUUGAUGGUACCGUUGCCAGUGAUAUCAAUGAAACUACGGAAUUUGAGAACAAUUCGAGUUGGAGAUCUAAUGUUGAUGAGACAAUAUUGCACUCUGUCAAUGAACAUGAUGAAAUGGGGAAAAGGUUAAUGAAGGGAUUGAAUUUACGAUUAUCAAGUAAUUCAAGAGAUAAUUAUGGUAGAAGAGGAAGUUCCAAUGAUCCACCUAUAUUAAAUUCAAGAUUGGCCAAAUUAUUCAAGUAUUGUAUACUCAUUACCGACGAUAGAAAUAUGAGAUUGAGAGCAAAGACAAUAGGAUUAACGUCAUUCCAAAGCAAAUGGUUAUUUAAUCAACUAGAAAGUGUAUUUGCCGAUAGAUGUAUUGACUGA